AUGGCUGAUACCAGCACGCCCCCGUAUGGGAGCCCCAAGAACGGUUCCGAGAAUGCAGACAUUAAGGAAGAUUCCGCGACGGCAGCCGCUCGCCGAGAACUGAAGCAGUCGUCCAUUUCCGGCCCUAGUGCCAAGGCCGACGACGACGAGGCGUCCAACACCGCGGCGCCCACCACCGACGACGACAAGAAGGACAAGGAAAGCGCAGAGGAACAGGUCCUUUCGCCCAAGAAGAAGCGCGCGCAUGACCAACUGGAUGGCGACAAGCCUACCGACGGCGAUGAAGAUACCCAGAAGAAGCGACCUAGAGAUGCCGAGUCAGCAGACAAGGAAUCGGUGAAUAACAACCCAGCCAUUUCACGUCGCUUUGACGUGCAUGACACACAUCUGACUAACGACCUCAAGCCCGCCGAGGAGAAGGAGGAGAAGCCGCAAACCUCGUCAAGUGCAUUUGGCGCCUCAGCAUUCGGAAAGCUCGCCACGGCAUCAUCACCUUUUGCAUUCCUGGGUGCGUCUAGUGCCAGUGGGUUCGGCUCUUCUGGUGCGUCUAAGCUGUCAUCAUUUGCCUCGCCGACAAAGACGAUGGAUGCCAAACCCUCGGAGCCCCCCAAGUUCCAGUUUGGCGGAGGCGUCAGUGUGUCGCCGUUUGCUACCCUUGCUUCAGGUGGAAGCAACGGCUUCGGCAGCGCUUUUGGUGGAAGUGGCUUUGGCGCAGCAUCAACAGGCGUGAAGCCUCUGGGCAGCUUCGCAGCACCGACUGCCGAGCCCCUCACAAGCGAAAAGCCCGCCAAGCCGUUCGGCGCCCCCGACAGCGACGUUGAGAGCGACGACGAAGAUGACGAAGAUGACGAGUCUAGCCAGCCCGAAGAAGAGACUAGUUCACCUGUCGAGAAAGAGUUGGAUGAUAAGAAGAAGCCGAAACUCCAGAAGGUGACUGUCGACUCGGGAGAAUCCGGAGAGGCCACCAUCCUCGCCGUGAGAGCCAAGGUGUUCUAUCACGAUAAAGAAGCGGGAUGGAAGGAGCGCGGCAGCGGUAUGCUCAAGAUCAACGCGCCAGAAGCCUGCGUCGACUUUGACGAUGCGGGAACCCCCAUCCCGGGCUCGUUUGACGCCUCGGGACUUGAUGUGAAUGACGAGGAGGCUCAGGGCAGCAAGGGACACAAAAUGGUCAGGCUCAUCCUACGACAGGAUCAGACACACCGUGUUAUCCUCAACACUGCUGUAUACGCUGCCACCAAGUUCCAGGAGAAGACCUCGCUGAAGUCUGUUGGAAUUGUUUUCACAGCAUUUGAAGGCAAGGAUGCCAAGGCCGUCAAUAUCACGGCAAAGACUGAGGCAUCUCAAGAGCACGGGGGUGAGAUGACGGCACGUGUUUUCAAGCGUAAGAGAACAUCGCAAAGGGCUGAGCUACGGGCCGACAGUUCCAUAUCCGAAGGGGAUUCUACGGCUGGUUACGGAGGAAUAUCUACGCAAAGUCGUCGCAAGAAGACGACCAAGACAGAAAAUGCGCCGGGUCAGCGGAAAGGAAAGAAGGGUGAGGCACCUCCCGUCGAUGCGCUAAUUCCUUGGACCCCACGGCUCAAGUCUUUGGAGAAGACGCACAGGGCUCUGAACCUGGUGUACACGUUUUGUUGCACUCGAAAACACUUGGCGACGACGUUUGAAAUGAUCAGGCCAGCGGUGGAGUCGCACAUCCGAACUACCUUGACAGUAGAAGAAGUUGCGUCUGUCGUUGCCCUCCGCCCUGACGGCAUCAACUUCCUGUACGUUGAUGAGCUCACGCUGGAGCUUGAGGGUAGGGGCGCCGAGAAGGAUGAGGCGUUCAGGACGGGAAGUUCUGGGAAAGGACAGUCGCGGCCGCAUGACGCUUCCGUGGGCGGCCUGACGGGGAGGGACAGCCUCGAAAAAUGCCAUGGGCGCCAGAAUGGCUCGGCUGGAAGCGAAGUGCUGUACUUUGAGUUUGUCGACGGUGACCUUAAGCGCCAGGUCCAGGACAGGAAAACAGGCGAGCCCGUAAAGCCCAACCGAAGGUUGAGGGAGGAGACGCUGAAGAUGCCCGUGUACAGCCAGAAGCAGAUGGCACAGCUGAUUGAGAGGCGAAACCAAAAAUUCACAAAUGCCGUCAAUAUCUUUCUGAACACCUGUGCCAAGGAAGGCCUGGAUCCUAAUAUUACACUGGCUGAGCGGACCAAGGCGCACAUCCCCACCCCGACCAUCGUUGAGGACGAUACUCUAUGGGCCCCUGAUACAAUACCGGAGGAAAUUCCCAAGGAGCGCAAGAGCAUAGCCGACAUCAUACAGGAGCUCAAGGACAGCCCAUGGUACACAGGCCAGAUUGUUCCUGAUGGCCAUCGGGUCUUUGAGCCUCAAGAGCCGGUAUAUGGGGACCUCGAUUUUCUUCUCAGCCAGGACUUGGUCAAUGCCCUGUACAACGCGAAAGGAAUCACGCAGUUCUACGCACACCAGGCAGAGGCCCUGAACGGUAUACACAACGACCAAAAUGUCGUCGUGUCUACGCCUACUAGCUCGGGAAAGUCGCUCAUCUACCAGCUUCCCAUCCUGCAUGCUCUGGAGCAUGACCGUCUCUCUCGAGCAAUGUACAUAUUUCCCACAAAAGCCCUCGCACAAGAUCAGAAACGGAGUUUGAAGGAGCUCAUGUCAUAUAUUCCCGGGAUGGAGGAGACUUUGGUCGAGACCCUUGAUGGGGACACGCCCAUGAAUGAGCGAAAUGACAUUCGGGAACUGGCGAGAGUCAUAUUCACUAACCCAGACAUGCUGCACAUCACGAUAUUGCCACAGGAAGAGAAGUGGCGAUCGUUCCUUGCAAACCUGAAGUUUGUCGUGGUGGCGAACCCUGAAGAGCACUUCAAGACGAUAUUUGGUGUUGACGAUGCCCGGCUCAUCGACUAUGAUGGGUCACCAACAGGGAGGAAGGAGUUUCUGUGCUGGAACACACCUUUCAAGGAUCCGGGAGACCCUGCAAGUGGCCGCGGAAAUGCCAAGUUUGAAUGCGCCCGCCUAUUCUGCUCUCUAAUUCUAAGGGGAGUACGCAUUAUUGCUUUUUGCCGAGUGCGCAAGCAAUGCGAAGAGCUUGUCAACGCCAUCAAACAGGAGCUCGAAGACCUUGGAAGGCCCGAAUGCGCUAAACUUGUCAUGGGAUACCGCGGAGGGUAUACACCACAGGACCGACGAAGGGUCGAGUCUGAGAUGUUUCAGGGCAAACUUUUAGGCAUAGUCGCCACGACAGCCCUCGAGCUCGGAAUAGACAUUGGCUCCUUGGACUGUGUCAUGACAUGGGGAUUCCCAUAUACCAUUGCCAACUUGAGGCAACAGAGUGGUCGAGCGGGAAGACGGAACAAAGACUCGCUCUCCAUCCUGGUGGGCGACAGCUUCCCUGCCGACCAGCACUAUAUGCAGAACCCGGAUGAACUCUUCACCAAACCCAACGCUGAGCUCCAGGUAGACCUGGAAAACUUGUUGGUGCGCGAAGGCCACAUCCAGUGCGCCGCCUAUGAGAUGCCUCUCCAACCAGCAGAUGACGCCAAUUAUUUCGGACAAGAUCUACAAAAGAUUUGCGAGGAAAGGCUGAUACUGGAUGAGACGGGUUUCUAUCACUGCCACGACAGAUUUCGUCCAGCCCCAUCACGAUUUGUGGCCAUUCGGGACGUCGAAGAAGACCACUUUGCCAUCAUCGACGUUACCAAUGGACGAAACGUGGUCCUUGAAGAGCUUGAGGCAUCACGAGCCACAUUUACAAUUUACGACGGUGCUAUCUUCCUCCACCAAGGGAACAAAUAUCUGGUCCGCGAUUUCCUCCCCGACAGGUUAAUGGCCAAGGUGGAGAGAGUCAAGGUAGACUGGACGACGAUGCAGCGCGACUUUACUGACGUAGACCCGGUGGAAACUGAGGCGAUACGCAAACUAUCGAAUUCGCGGUCGUUGGCGUACUAUGGGACGAUCAAGGUGCAGCAGACUGUCUUCGGCUUCUUCAAGGUUGACAAGUGGGGGCGAAUUCUGGACGCGGUGCAGGUGGACAACCCGCCGGUGGUGCGGUACAGCAAGGGUAUGUGGUUGGACGUGCCCAAGACGGCGCUGGAGAUUCUUGCAUCGCGGCGGCUGCACAUGGCAGCGGCGAUACAUGCGGCCGAGCACGCCAUCAUAAGUUUGCUGCCGACGUUUGUCGUUAGCAUGUUGGGCGACGUGCGUACCGAGUGCAAGUCAGCUAUCAAGGAGUUUGGCAAGAAGGAGACAAGCAGGAAGCGACCCGCCCGUCUGACGUUCUAUGACACGAAAGGCGGCGCCGGCGGCUCGGGCAUCAACACAAAAGCCUUUGACCACCUUGACGCGCUGCUUCGCGACGCUCUCGACAGGGUAGAGAAGUGCGGUUGCCACCGCGGCUGCGUCGAGUGCGUCACGCUCGAGCUCUGUCAGGAGUCCAACGAGGUGAUAAGCAAGGCUGGGUGUCGUGUCGUGCUUAGGUCCGUGCUCGGCAUGGAUAUUGAUGUUGACGGGCUGCCCAUGGGGCCAGAGGACCAUAGCCCAGUGGGUGUCGAGACGAUAGUCGCAGCGCAACCGGUCAUGACGCGGAUGACGGCGCAGAUCAAGAAGGAGGAAGAGGAAGACUAUCAAGGGUUGAGUUCAUUGUAA